CUACAUAUGCGUAGCUGUCACGAAAUUGGCGGGAAACAAGCCGACUGGUUUAAUCAGCAGCUGUUUGUGUGUUUACAAGAGAGACGUUUUGUUUAUGAAAUCGUCAUACGUGUAUUGAGCUCGAACUUGCGUGUGAAGCAGCAGAGGUUCUGCGAGAGCUGUUAAAACGGUGUUAAAAAAAAUCUAACCUAUAUAUAUUUAUAUAUAUACGCGACGAUCGCGUGGAUCGUCGGAUCGAUUGCCAAAACUUCGUACGUCGAGCGUGAAGACAUGAACUUCAUCGGCACGAAAAAGUUCUACGGCAACAAGAUGCAGACGCGAAAAAGACGCAAGUCCAAGCUCUCGUGGAUAAAAACACACCGGGUCAUGCCGUCGCAUAUAUUAGGCCCGACGCAAUAUUGGGAAGAAUUUUACAAACAAGCGGACGCGUUGGUCGCGGCUGCCGAAAACAGUACCAGAACGGACACACUCUGCACGUUUGUGUAUCAGCGACCCAGCGACGGCAGUCGAAAAUUCGUCGUCGCCCAUCCCGAGGUGUACUGGUGGUAUUAUAAGGUGAAACCGCCGGAGGAGAAAUGUUCGUACGAGGUCAUUCCGCAAGAUUCACCGUGCUGGUUGUAUCUGGACUUGGAAUAUUUAAUAGGAUUAAAUCCGCUUUGCGACGGAUCACGCAUGACCAGAACGUUGAUAGACAUCAUACGCGCUUAUUUGCUUCAUCACUAUCACCUGUUGUGUGACAGAAGCAAUUUUCUAAUAUUGGACUCCACGUCCAGCACGAAAUUCAGCAGGCAUGUGAUUUUUACCAUAAAGGAUAUGGCUUUCAGAGAUAACUUGCACGUCGGGAGACUGGUCAAGACCGUAUGCAACGACAUCAUGUUGUAUUUGAAGUCGGAAAACAUGCAGAAACACGGAAUCUUGGAUCACUUUGCCAAAACGGAUCUCGAGGAAAUGCUGGUGGAGACCGAUCACGGCAAGAAGCUGUUUGUCGAUACCGGUGUCUAUACGAAAAACAGACAUUUCAGAAUCUACUUGGCUACCAAAUGGGGAAAGCAAUCGUACUUAACGGUUUCUUCGGAUUGUUCGCACACUCCGGUGAACAAAUGUAAGGAUAAGGAACUGGGAAUAUUCUUGGAUUCUUUGAUAUCUUAUUUUCCAAACAAGCAGAACUUGGUCUUGCUCGAGUUUUUCAACCGUAGCGAUGUGACGGCGAAACUGUUCUCGAAGAUACCAACACAGUUUAUUAAGAGGGACGACGACAAGACAUCGCCGUAUCCCGAUAUAGACAAAUACAUUCGCGAUCUCGUCAAUCCUGGCAAGAUACGCGUCGUUCGAUACUCCGAUAAAGAGAAAACUCUAAGAUACGAAAUUUGUGGCAACAGAUAUUGCGAAAACAUUGGCAGAAACCAUAAGAGCAACAACAUAUACUUGAUUGUGAACUUGAAUAAGAAAGAAUUAUACCAAAAAUGUCACGAUGCGGAUUGCUCGAGUUUUGUGUCCACGCCAAAGAGAUUGCCAGAUGAAAUAGUUUUUCAGUUGGACACAGAGGGUGAUGAUUUCAUAAGCAAUGCAGUGAUAGAUGAAAACGUUGUGUAAAAAGAUUUGCAGCUACCAAAGAUAAAUAUUAGAAAGAGAACGAAUAACCGAUGUUACGUAUCAUAAAGGUAAAUAACACUUAAUUAUAAUACACUUAGUUUAAACGACGAUGUUAUUUUAUCACAAUGAUGUUUUUCUAUUAUUUCUUUCACAAAUUGAAAUGUAACGUCACUGCUUCGUAUAUUUAUGUUUAAUAUAUAAAUAUAUACAUAUAUUUACAUUUUAUA